AAGUAAAUUGAAAAACGUUGUACAUGCAGCAAUCCAAUGCAUGAGAUACAUAUAUAAGAAGAUGGAGGGGUCUUUGGAGAGAGAGAAAGAUGGGAUAUGGAGGAGGAAUGGGACUGAAUCAAAUCAUAAAGAGAAACCCAAAAAGGAUAUCGAAAUAUCUGUGAUCUACUUUGAUUUUAUCAUUCAUUUAUGUCUUGUGAAUUAUCAAAAAAAUUCAUUCUCACCCACCAACUUGUCAUUUUCAUUAUCAUCAUUAUUUCAUCUUAUCUUUCCUUUCCUCUAUAAAUACUCCACCACGCCGCCUUGCAUUUGCUGUGCCUUUGUUUUGUUUCUGUAUGUGCUUGCUGCUAUCUCUAGUUCUAAUUAUAUUGUACCAUUUUGUUAAUGGAGUUUAGUAGCGUUGCAUCCUCUUCAUCAAAGCCUCAUGUUUUAGCAGUUGAUGAUAAUCUUGUUGAUCGAAAAUUGGUCGAAAUGUUGCUCAAGAAGUCCUCUUGCAAAGUGACAACUGCAGAGAACGCGGUGAGGGCAUUGGAGUAUCUGGGGUUGGUAGAUGAACAAGAGAAAGCCCUGGAGAGCAAUAUUGAAUCUAAAGUAAACCUGGUGAUUACAGAUUACUGUAUGCCAGGAAUGACAGGCUAUGAGCUUCUAAAGAAAAUCAAGGAAUCUUCUGCUACCAGGGAGGUUCCGGUUGUUGUGAUGUCAUCAGAGAACAUCCCAACACGAAUUAACAAGUGCUUAGAGGAAGGAGCCCAAAUGUUCAUGCUGAAGCCUUUGAAACAAUCAGAUGUGCAGAAAUUGACAUGCCAUUUGGUGAAAUGAAGAGGCAGCUAAUGACACAAUUUUAUUAGGAAGAAGAGCACCCACAACACAAUCUCUGAAAAAUCAAGGGAAAACUGCAGUAUAAAAGUCACAUAAUUUGUUUCUCUAGCUGCAAAUUCAUCUCCCUCAAAUUAUUGUUGUAUGAGAUGCAUAAUGAAAUUUCUUACGUUC